CUGAUAGGUGGCACUGACUGGCACUGAUGGAUGACACUGAAAGGCAGCUCAGAUGGGCACUGAUAUGUGGCAUUGAGUGUGCACUGGUAGGCACGGAUAUGGAUAUGUGGCACUGGCACGAGGCACUGAUGAGCACUGACAUAAGGCACUGAUGGACACUGACAGGUGGCACUACUAGGGCUACACUGAUCAUCAGGGCACACUGAUCAUCAGUGCCCUGCGGCUCUCCUCUCCUUUCGAGCUGUCAGAGUGAAAGCUCGAGAGGAG